GUCCACUGGUAUUUAGGGUGGGGCUUUGCUUGGAAGGAGCGAUCAGAGAGCUCCGGCAACUUCAGAUAAACCUCUUUCGAUUGUUUCAUUCCGUUGACUUGAACAAGCGCUGAGGCCAGUCUCUCCUGGUCUCAGUUAAAGAUAUCACAGAAACCAUGGAACAACAGUAUCCUAGCAAUGAGGAGAAAAUAGUGAGAGACAGCCACACCAAAGAGAUUGACUUGAUAAACAGAGACCCAAAACAGAUCAAUGAGGAUGUCAUAAAGGUGGAUUUUGAAGAUGUUAUUGCUGAACCAGAUGGCACCCACAGUCUGGAUGGAGUGUGGAAAGUGAGUUACACCACCUUCACUGUCUCCAAGUACUGGUGCUACAGAGUGCUGUCCGCUAUCUUUGGCAUUCCCAUGGCCCUGAUUUGGGGAUUCCUGUUUGCUUGCAUCUCUUUCUGCCAUGUCUGGGCUGUGGUGCCGUGUAUUAAGAGCUACAUGAUUGAAAUCCAGUGUGUCAGCAGGAUCUACUCCCUCUGCAUCCAGACCUUCUGCGACCCCUUCUACGAGGCCCUGGGCAAAAUCUUCAGCAGCAUUCGUGUAGCUCUACGCAAAGAGGUUUAAGCAGCCCCUCAGAAAUCACCUGGAUGCAUCACAUUCUGAGCUCAAAGGUCAUGUUUUGUUGACAGCUGCUCUGUUUAGAACCUUGGGACUAGAACAGUGUGAUCCAGUGAAAAGGAAAAAAAAAAUCUGAUCAUAAUAACAAUAAUAUACUCUAUUGAGGUCAUCACUGCUCGAGCAUACCAGGUAACGGCCGCUGCAUGACGUAUUGCUACUCUAUUUAAGUAUGGUACACUAUAUUCACAUGGUUAAUUGUUCAUUAUGCGUAAAAGUGUUUUUUUUUUCCAAAUUCUUAAACAGCUUCUUAAAAAAAAAAAAAAAAAAAAAAAAAAUACAUCCACAUGAAUUCUAUAGUCUUUCUGUAAGCUUCAUUUUUGUGUGUCAACUGGGAUGUAAAAACAGUGUACUAGUAACAGAAUAAUAUGUAUGGAGAAAAAGACAAAAAAUACUGUAGUGGAUAAAAGAGAACACUUAUUAAAACUGAUUUAUGGACUAUCAAUAUACUUUGGUGUGCAUGUGUGUAUGCCUGUCAAUAACUGUAGCUGGACUGUGGCAGUCUGGAAUUGUAUUGCACAUAUUGCACAAGCCAUAGCUUUCCUACCAUUAUCAACAAGUGCUACAUAUUUACUAUGCUUAGGCUACCUAAGUACUACUGCAUCUCAGAGGUAAAAUGAACCAGUGUAAAGUAGUACCCAAAAGUAUUGGAGUAUAUUCUUCUCAAGUACUACUUAAACUACUUGGAUAUGAAUAUAAACUGGUGUACAAUUUAACUACUGCUAAUAAAUAGUGUACAGCUGUACUUGGAUUCAGCUGUUAGACAAUGUCAAGCGGAGAGUGUAGUAGUACUUCUAAAAUAAAUAAUAGGUAUUCCAAAUAAUAAAGGGUUAGGGUUAGGGUUACUAUAAUAAUAUUACUAAUAAUAAUAAUUCUUCACAAUAGUAUAUUUGAUCUUGACUUUCAAAGUACUGCAGUAUAGUGUACAGGGAUCUGUUUGACACAAAUUUGAAUCAUUAACAUAUAUUCCUUUCCUGGUAUAAAACCUGAUUGUGGGUCACUGCAAAACCAAAUAUCAUUUAAGAGAUAUCAAUGUAUGUUUUUAAUAGAUUUCAUAAGUUUAGAAUCAUGUGCAAAAAUAAAAUAAUUUUGGGGAAAAAAAGAAGUGGCCAAAUUUGUUAGUCUUUUCCAAUGACAUUUCGAUUACUGUCAUUUUAACUUUUGGGUUUGUACUGUAUAUAUUGGCUUUUCUAAUUAUUUUGCUAACCCCCAUGAUUUUAGUGAAAGUCCAAAGAGAUACUGAAGAUUGUACAGGUUACUGUAUAGCACAUUCUUCAAAAUGGACCUCAGUCAGAAAAUAAAUUAUAAAACGUAGUGGCAAUCAUUUUAUUUCAAUAUAUAGUAUUUUAAGACUGUUGGAUUUUACUGCUGAAUCGAUUGUUGCUUGAAAUGGAUGAGUUAACAAAUAUUAAAUCUUAAUAAUUGCAACAACUGGUGCUCCCUCCCUGUGUAAAGGUAUAAUGGGUUAUAAUAUUUAAGUUGUCACUGAAUAUUGUAUAUUGUGCUGUGCAUAUACAUUGCAGUGAACCUGCCGCAUUCUUUGCAGAAUUCUUUAAGGGUAAAGAAGUCAGAAAGCUUGAAUAUUAUAGACUUAUAGGGCAGCAAAAGUCCUGUAAGGAGAUCCUGUACAUUUUCAGGCCAUGUAGUGCCACUAAUGGCCAGACCCUGUAAUUGAUUCUUCCACAUUCACUGCACACACGCUUUCAUUAGAUCCUGCAUCGCUCACCUGAUCUUGGAGUAAAGCUAACCUAGCAACAAAACAUUAAUCAAAAGCAUAUCACAGUGUAAAAAGGACAAAUACAAUUUAUUCAUAAUAAAUAUCACAAUAUAACAAUUUGCUUUAUACAGAAUUCAACAAAAUGCAAACAACAAUGUCUAUAGUGUGCACACCCAAAUCCAGAAUGUAAAUAAAAUCUCAUGUUUGACAAAUAGGACAUACCAAAACAGCAACACUGAUAUCUUAUAAGUAAAAUGAACGAAUGACAGUUUCUUGAUCUCCUUAGUAAUUCUGCUACAGGAUCUAUAAAAAUAUGUCUAAGAUUCUUGCUUCUCAAAGCAUACCAAGCUGGAAAAUGUUCUGUAGAUGUACAUUUGCUUAUUUGCAAAAAAUGGCCUGCUUUAUAAAUAUCCUCAUUUCCAGUUUUAACAUCAACGCAAUGUUUUGCAUUUCAGGUGCUUUGCAGAGUUCUGAUAUUCCUAAUCACUCAAGGCGAUGUCAUUCAUUUUACUUUCUUGGGAUUUUAUAUUGAAGAAAAACAAAAAUACAAUUGCCUUGGUUAUAUUUACAGGUUGCUGGUAAAAAUGAAGUGUGACAGAUAAGUAUCACACACUAUUUGAGUCCCCUGGUUGUUUGUCUUCCUAUUAAAAUCAUUUUUGUCUUUUAACCAGCAACAUGGCAAAAAACAUCACACAGAUUGCCUCAGUUCUAAGGUUGCCAGGUGGCAUCAUAGUAUACUUUACAAACAUGUACAAGGUCAGAAGAGGUAAAGGGUCAUAUCUCUGGUGUUCUAUUUCCCCUUGUGUGAC